GAAACGGGAGCACUAAUGUCACCAAACCAAUACAUUCAGUAGCAAAUUGAUUCUCUCUCUUCUAACUUGCAUCACCUCUUACUCAGUAUUUUACUCCUGCAGUCUCGGGCUUCAAACUUUGACAACACGUUUUCCUCGCGUGCAUGUGUUAAUAAAGUGAGGGUUAGUUGUUUUCAUCCAAGCACGUGCUCGUCUGUAUUGGUACUGAGUGGGAAAUUGUUGAUUGGCGGUCUGGUUGGUUCGAUGAGAGAGUUUUCCAUCGGUGGCUCACUUUACGAAGACGAGUUCGUUUCGCGGUGGUUUGGUGUGGAAUAUGAAUAACAAUUGGUUUUAUCAGCAAGUUCUGUACUCUUUACCAGCAUAUAUGUAACAGAUUUUGGCAAGAAGCUGAAACUGUGAUAAGUUAUAGUACCGUGCAUAUCAGCGCUGAACCGAUAAGUGUGACACGUCGUCAUAAAGGACACCAACUCUCCGACCAGUGCACGCCAGCAGUAGCCGCGGCAAGUGAAACAAACAAGAGGGCUCAAGGAUCAAAGCGAGAAUAAGGUCAUAUGGAACAGGGAGUGAAAGUAUGCACGCUGUGUUGUGAUGAACCCGGACAACUUACGUUGAUAUAGGGUGGCGAAAAAACGGUAUCAGCCGGUGUGCUGCCGCACAAUCCCCAGUGGAUCGAUGAAACGGAAAAUUGAGCAAAGUGUGCUGAAGAAAAUGAUCGUAAUGAAGAAAUUUUGUUAGUGAUGUUAUGUGGGGUGAUAGGGUAAGCUCCACAGGAUGAUUAGUGUGCCUAAAGCCAAUGCGGUGCCGUGGGUGCUGGAAAAGAUGAUAUCAAUUUAGUUCAUUAUUCGUAUUAUAGAUGAAAACACCAAGUGUCUGCUGGUACUCAAAUUGAAGCACAGGCUACAUAUCGCCAAUGUUUGCAAUGAUAGUGAUCAAAGUGAAGAUAAAACAGUGCGGUAAUUGCUGGUAAAGGCAACGAGGGAGGAAAGCGUAAACUGUCUAGAUUAGAUUGUAGGUGACAAAACGGAAGCCCGGCAAAUUGCUCCAUAAUGGGAAACUACUGCAGUUCGGGUCAAACCAAGAAAGAUAAGGACAACGCAUCAGAAAAAUCGGAAGAAUCUCCCUCGUAUCAGCCAGUCGAUAAGAACAAGAGUAAUGGCUCUAAAGAAGCUCCCUUGGCGGCUCCUGAACCGAUCUCCGAUGGGUCUGGAACUGGUCCGAUAUCUAAUAAUUCCACUACCAAUGACGGAAAUAUUGCAGAUGCCAGUAAAGCGCAGCUGAAAUCAUUACAAAAUGUGCAAUCCAUUACAUUGUCGGCUGAUUCGAACUCCAACAGUCCUAUGGCGGCGUCGCCUCCAUGCGAUAUCCCUGCAGUGCAACGGCAUCUACCGCACAAUUUAACGCCGCUAUAUGGGAAGCCAACUACGAGCCGCCGUACGGAGAAGUACAAGAAAAUUGUCUUGUAUAUAUUGGCCGCCGAUGAUGGAUACCAGAUGGAAAAAACCAUUCUACGAGACGUCUACAAGGGGUUGAACCGAAGAUGCCAGAGCCGAGGAUUCGAGCUACACGUUUCCGAUCUGCACGUUCUGCAGGUGAAAGGCAGUAGCUUCGACGUGAACAAGUGGCUCAGCGGCCCGCUGGAAGCUCAAGGUGGGCAUGAUUUGGCAGCAAACUGUCUGGCGGAAAUCGCACGCCAGUCUGGUGAUUCAUAUCUUAUACCGGUCCUGUUUCUAAGUUCGACGCUUGGUGACCCAUUGUUACCGCUAACGAUCGAGAGUCAGGAUUUUGCAAUGGCACUGCAAACAGCGGAAAAUAACUCGGAUGAUCGCGCCAUUCUAGAGAAAUGGUACACUUUGGACGAUCGGUCGCAACCAGCGUGCUAUCGAUUGAAUGUGACUAAUAAUUCGAAUCUCACUUCGGAAGCAUCGGAGAAGGAACUUUCAUCACUGUUGAAAAGCUUGAUUGAUAUUUUCCCAAAAGAACUGCGGGACUCCUAUUUGACUACAGUUGUCGAGCAGGAAAUCAACAACACCGUGCUUAUCAACCAGGAGUUGUCCAAACGAUGCAUUUGGAUUCAAAACUCUAUCGCGCCAUUGAAGGUAACGGAAAACUCCUCAUCCGUGGAUGCAGAAAUGGUUCGAAGAUUGGGAAAUAUUCAAAGCGAGUUGAAGAACCAUCUCGCAGAGAAGCACAUUCUCCGUAUUCCUCCAACUGCAGCGUCACAGGAUCAAUUCGCUACGCAGCUAGAUAAUUGUCUUUCGUCGGAAAUCGAUUUGAUAAUAGAUGAACACACUAACAAGUAUUCGAUUCCCUUGUGCACGUACGGUGUCGAUCGGCGCCUGUUGAGCGAAGUGGAGGAAGUGAACCGACAUUCACGUGUUUUGAACGAAAAUUGCGCGAACUUCACUGUUACCGAUCGGGUAAAAGAAUAUCUAACCAGCCACCGUCGAAGUCCGCUGGUAAUCUACGGCAAAACUGGUGCUGGGAAGAGCGUUCUUGUUGCAAAGAUUUCCCAAAAUGUCCACACUUGGCUGCCGGAUUCACAUCUAGUAUUGAGAUAUUCCAACUUGACCCCGUUGAGUUCAGACGUAACCGCUCUCCUGGGAUCGAUAACAGAACAGAUUUCCGUGCUGGUAAAAGGAGUGCCAACACGAUGCAACCAUACGGUGGAAUCCUACUCGGAAACACUGAAGCAAUUAAUUGAUAGUACCAAGCAACAGAUUACGAUUCUGAUCGACUCGGUGGACAGUCUACGAGACUUGGAUAAUCUUGAUUGGCUUCCGCUGGAGUUGUUGGAGAAUGUAAAGUUAGUGCUAACCGUCACAUCUAGUUGCGCCAGUCAGGAUCUUAGUCAUCUCGCUUCCGAAGAUGCAGUGCUAAAGCAAUUGAAGGAGAAGAUUGGUGACGCCGAAUGUUUCCUCCAUUUGACUCCGUUUACUCAGGAACAGUGGGAAGACGUAUUGUGCUUCGGUGGCGGCGACAUCUAUUCAGCGAAUGGCGCUCUACAGUUACCUGACAGUUGGAAAAAGUCCAACGAGAAAAUUUCGGUUCAGGCAAAGAUCCUCUGGUGGCUUGCCUGGCUAGGAGUUACAGACUUGUCAGACACAUCGGUGUCUCACAUUAGUGAAAAGGUAUUCAUCAUAUUGGAAGACAAAUUUACCGAUACCGUCACUAGGUUCAUAAUUUCUUUGUUGCUCGCUGCUCGAGAGGGCUUGUUUGAAACAGAAAUUAUUACGCUUAUUAGGAAUUCCAAUUUGGUUACCGGCUCUACAACCAAACUAUGGACACAUUUUUGCUGGAAAAUGGGACCAUUAUUUCUGCACAACAAAAACAUUAUUAUGGUCGAUAGAACCCUCCGAGAUGUAGCCGGCAAGCGAUACGAAAGUCACAUCAAGGAUGCACACAAAAUAUUAUACGACUACUUUGAAAAGCAACCGAACAGUUACACCGAUAAAAGGGGAAAGGACACGAGUUCCAAUAUUAGAAAAUUCAUGGAGCUGCCCUAUCACAGAUACAAGAUGGAAGCGAGUGAUGAAUUCUUCGCUAGGUCGAGUUUUCUGACCGAUCUGAGCUGGAUUCACGAGAAGCUAGUCGCAACCGGUUGUGUUCAUUUAUUAAACGAUAUUUGUCUAGUGAACUUAGGCGAUAGCAGUAGUAAACCUUCGCUGAGUCACCUUGUGCUACUACAACAGUUCAUCGAAGUCCACUUCAAGGCCCUGAAUUAUGAUGGACAGCAACUGUAUUCAUUGCUUCAUGCAUAUAUUGAUACAGAAGUAAAAGUCGAAGGAUCGGUGUUUGCUGGGAACGAAGUCUUGAAAAAGUGGCUUGAUUUUAUUGACUCUAGUACAGUCACCUACCUACAGAAGCUGGAACUAAGUGAACCGAAAACGGACAGGAAAGACUCACAGGCGGAGAAAGUGAUCGCAGGCCAUGAUCUAAUAGUUAACUUGAAUAUCGACGGAUACUACGUAAUUUCGUUAAGCACUAACCGUGAGGAGAUCUGCGUUUGGGAUGUUGCAAAUUGUUCUAAAGUUCGCACGCUUUUGGGAGUACCGCAACCAUCAGCGAUCUGCCCGGUAGGAGAUUACGGUGUAGCGGUUCUGUGUCGAAGGGAAAUUCGGAUUGUUGAUCUGGAUGAGGGAAAGUUCAAGGUUACCCUCAAGGGUGUUAUGAAUCAGAAGAUGCCAUAUUUUGGACUGCACGAUUCAUCGCACCUAGUGUGUUUGUCACGUAACCGAAUGUAUGUAAAUCUGAUGAAUAUAGAGUCAGGUGACUGCGUCACUACGUUCAAAGCUGGUGAGGACAGAUUCCUUAAUUCCCUGCUGGUAUCAGGAGAUGGAAGGAUUUUAGUAUGCGGAGAUGAAACACAAAAGCCAUUUCCGUUGCUUGUUUGGCAUUUAUCCCAGAAAAAGCUUCUGUAUGAUCUAAGGAUACCACACCAUGACUUCAUAACAUCUCUAUCGGCAAUUACGCACGAAGGAUCCUACGUGUGCGUGGUCGCCAAAGAAUUAGCAGAACCUAGUCCUAACUUUAUCGUAGUGUAUGAUCUGCAGAGUGGUACUCUGUUUAAAAAAUGGAAACCGGCUUGCAACACCGUAUCUCUGGCAAUCUCUCAGGCAAAUACUUGCGUCAUCGCUGGGCUCGAAGACGCACGGAUCCUGAUAUGGGAUUUAGUUACAGGAAAUUGCCGCUGCACACUAACUGGUCACUGCGCACCAGUUACUAUUUUAAAGUUAGACCCGUCCGGAAAAGUUUUACUUUCUAGUGAUAAGGAAGGUCGCGACAUGUCUGUGCGGCUCUGGGAGCUGGACAGUGGAAACCCGAUGGCUGUGUACACUCCGCAGGAAAAGAUAACAACGUGCGAGAUUUUAACUGGAGGGCGAUAUCUGGCAAUCGCUCUCGAAAACAGAGCCAACAUCGUAACGUUGAAGUUGCGGGGAGGAAACAAUCAGGAUGCGGAAAGUUCGGCCAAAUCGGUUGUCUAUGGAAAGCCAGAGAAUACCGGAAAGGUGUUCGAUUUAAGACAGUAAAUUGUGUAGACAGUUGUUUUUGUUGAAGAUUUAGUAUUUAUUGUGAGUUUGCAGUAUUCAGGUACGAGCGGCGCACAGUGGUUUACGAUUUUGAGGAACUUAGUUGUUUGGAGCCAAAACAAUCUAUAAUUGUGAAUUGACAAGCUCAUUUUUGUUUCUUUAGAAGUUAGAUUUUCUAUAGCCCUUUUCAAUUUCUUAAAAAAGGAAUGUAUUGUAGAGCAUGUCGCAAGUAUGGAAAGUUUUGCAUCUACCUAAUUAAGUUUCUCAAAAUGUUUUUAGCCCCAGUGCACUUCUGUGCGGCGGUUUCGGACCAGAGUGCGAAGACAGACAACUACAAAUGUUGGUCGCAAAUAUUAUUUCAGAAAGCAAAAUAAUUCACAAGGAAAUCUAAAAGAUUAAAUGUGUGUGUCAAAUAUUGGCUGUUGAAAUGUUAUAAAUGAUUCUACUUAGUAAUGUUGCAUAGAUCACGUAAGUUGUAUAGCGUCGAUAUUUUUUCUGCAUUAAAAUUACAUAUAUAAUUUUUACUGAUUUCACUAAACUUUCUGGGAAUGUAAUUCCAUUAUAGGAUCAACAGAAAUGCUUGCCACAAAUUGCUUGCCUGAUUAGAGAUUAUUUUGCUAAUCCUAAAAUUUCCUCGUGUAUCUUUUGUGGAACAGCCAACUUGGAAGAAAGCAGUAUAGUAUUUCCAUUCCGAAAACUAGCAAAAGUCUGCCAUGAUGUAGGUCGUGUCGUCCAUAAAAAUACAACUAGGUUUGGUCAGUCAUUCAGUGUUAUGCUGUCGUGUCAUUUCAACAGUGUUCCAAAUGAUCAUAUUGAAGUUAUUAUACAGCUCGUGAGGUGAAGUAGAUUGAUUAUCGUUACGAAGGAAACGCCGUGUUGUACUGUGGCAGUUACCUACCGUGAUACCUUGUUGGCUACAGCAAAAUCUCGCCAAUGCCGGCCAUAUCGUAGAGCUCCAUCUUUGUAGGACUUGGGCGGCUUCCUUCCAGUUCCCCCGAACGUUCAGGGAUCUCAGGUCCUCUUCCACUGCGUAUAGCCACCGUGUUCGUGGCCUCCCACGAAGUUGGCGUCUUCUUCCUUGCUUCCUGCUGAAUGUUGUUUUUGCAAUUCUUUCUUCCGACAUUCGUACCACAUGACCAGGCCAUUGCAGUCAGCCUUAUUUUAUCAGUUUAACAAAAUCGCAGUUUUGUAUACUUGGUACAACUCAUGAUUCAUUCGUCUGUGCCACAUUCCAUUUUCGCACAUCCCGUCGAAUAUUGUCCGCAGCACUUUACGCUCCAAUACUCCGAAAGCUCUUCUAUCUGCCUCCUUCAACCUCCACGCUUCGUGGCCAUAAAAAGCGGCAGGGAGGAUCAGUGUCAUGUAUAAGAGGAAUUUUGUUGACAUUUGCAAGUUGCGGGACCUACUCUGCUCACGUAGACCGUAAAAGGCCCGGUUGGCAGCUGCAAUACGCCUUUUUACUUCACGUUGUCGUAAGUCACAAGUGUACCAAGCUACACGAAUUCUACGACCACUUUAAACACGUCACCAUCAAGCACUACUUCGGAACCAACACUACUACACCUGCCUCUCUCUUUACCUGCGACCAUGUAACUCGUCUUGGCUGCGUUGAUGACUAAGCCUUUCCUCGCUGUCUCCCUCUUAAAAGGCACGAAGGCUUCCACUGUUCUACGAUCGAUUCCAAUUACAUCAAUAUCGUCCGCAAAACCAAGGAGCAUAUGUGACCUAGUGAUGAUAGUUCCGUUCCUGUGCAUGCAAACUCUCCUAAUAACUCUUUCAGGAGCAAUAUUCAGCAGCAAAUUUGAAAGUGUAUCGCCUUGCUUCAGUCCAUCUUAGGUCACAAAUGAGGUUGAGAUCUCAUCUGCAAUUCAAAUACUUGAUUUUUAACCAUUACUUCUAAUUUGUCAAGGUGACGGGGUGAGAUUAAUUCGAUUGAGAGAACGAUUGAUUUCCAACAUUACUCCUUCUUAUUUAUUGAAAUUUUCAACGAUUCAGUUUUCGGGAUAAUGCUUCUGUAAUUCCACUGUUGAAUAGUGAUCAAAUCCUCCACUUCGUUCGGUUAAUUAGGGAUCGAAUGCUAUAAACGCGUUGAAGAUGGGCCAUUUUGCAGUCAACUGCAUAAAGAAUGUUUUUAUUGCGGUUAGAAAAGUUAUCAGGACGCUUUUAAGAGGGCCAGAAAUGUAAAAAGCUGUGAAGAUCCGGUCUAUGUUGUCAGAGAAUUUUAUAGAUCGAGUGCUUCUUUCUUUCACUGUUAUAUAGAGGGCAUAUGGGAUUUUAAUAUCCCAGGAAUUUCCUAGAGCAGCGGUUCUCAAUCUUUUUCGUACCACGAACCCCUUAGGAAUCACCUUGGGCUGCUGCGGACCGUCACGGAGAAGCAUCGAUUUUGUGUGCUAUCCAUAUGUUAUUUUCAGUUUGUUCAGUUCAUUAUGCACUCGGAAAAUAGAUUUUUCUUCCCGGACUCCCAUCAAUGACUUGACGACCCCCUAGGGGUCCGCAGACUCCAGGUUGAGAAUCACUGUCGUAGAGCAAGAGCUACUGGCUUCUGCUUUGUACCUGUACUUCCUCUAGCUGGUUUUCUUUGAAGAUCUUGAAGGGGCACCCUAUUGUGUUCAACAAAGCUUCAAAGAAGAAAUAAUCCUCCUUUUUCUAUUGCUUAUAGGUACAGCAGGAUAUGUUCCUUCCUGGGAGUUGUCAAGACGCAUACAUCAGUAGAAAAAUUAAUAUACAUAUUCGUAGUGGUCAGAGGCGUAGCUGUCUUUAGCAUUUUUGCAAAAGAUCGCUUAGAGCAUCCAUGAAGGGAACACUUCAGUUUCUCUUCGCGCUGUUUGUACGCGGUACAUGUCGAGGGAUCAUGUGGACUUUCCACACAGUAGGGACACUUUUCGACAUUUCUUUCACAGGAAAUAUGCCCAUGAUUCCCACCACGUUUCCCACAACAAACCUUAUGGCUACAGUGUGUGUCCUAGUUGUUUGCAAUUACAGUGAAAAUCCGUUUUUAUCAGUCCCCAAUUUUGUCAGAUUUUUGACCCGAUUUCGUUAGACAGCCAGUAUUAUAAGGUUAUGUCUACGGACUAAUGUUGUAUAGUUUAUCAGCUUCGGUUUAUUAAAGUGAAUGAAUAAAUAUGUUUUGUCAUUGCCCCCAUUUUGUCAACCAAAAAACACACCAAAGGAGCUAAUAAAAACGGGUCUUCGGUGUAGUGCAGUUCAUGACUCGUGGCACAAAAAGGCUAACAGGCAGACAAACCUUGUUAAAUAAUAGUUACGUAGAGCAGACUCGGGAAGCUUACCCAGCAGUAGUCUGAGUUGGCCUAGGUUUUCUUCCGGUUAGCGGCGAGUGGUGCUGAAUGUAAUCGUUCAAGUAUGGGGUUUCUGAAACGCGUUAAGUAUCUCAGAGUCAUCAUGGGUUCAUCACUAACGCGCAAACCCCAUACUUCAUACAUCGUGGGUAAGGUUUCAAGACAGCUUGGGUUCAUUUUACGAAUAGCGAAAAACUUUAGGGACUGUUUAAAAACACUCUAUUGCGCGCUGGUUCGUUCAACACUAGAAUAUUGUUCUGUUGUUUGGAAUCCGUACCACCAGAGUGGCGUUGACAGAAUCGUGGUUCGUCCAACGCCGCUUCAUACGAAAUACCAAUAGGAAGAAUGUAUGAUUCGGGAAUAGAUGACUAAUGAUUGAUUUUGGUUCAACGGCAAUUAUUGAUCUUGAUAUAAGAUUUCAAAACGAUGUACCGAUUAAUCUCACAAAUACAUCACCGAAUAAUCAAAACACAUCUAGGUAGGAUCAUGGAAAAGCAGGUGACCAAAAUAUGACACACAUUAGUCUGAACAUUGCCAAAUCGAUGAAAUAUUGUUAUUUCUAAAAAUCCUUAACGAACAGAUGCGAUCAAACAUACACUGUGUUAGUUUAUGUUGGCGGAGAACAUUAUAUUUGCAAUCUGGUUGAACAAGUCAUAACUAAACGUAUAUCGAAUCUAGAGCGUCCCAUGUACUAAGCUAUACAUCACCGAAUUCAACUCAAAGUACGAACUUUGUGUAAGGGCUUUAAAACUAGCACAGCCAAACAACUCACUUCUUUUAAUCAUGCUAUGGGCCAACAGUUCUGUAUACAGCCAUGCUUAGAACGCUCAUUAACAAAUGGAUGAUUUUGCUACAAAACAUUUGUCAUGAUGAAUCAGAACUCUGUGAAUAGCUUCUAAUCGGUGUAAUCGUGCGAUAAAUUAUUAGCAGAAAUAAAACAUUAAUUAGUAUCAGAUCCACAUUUAGUGUCGAAGUUUAGCAAAGCGGAAAGAAUGACUACUAUAUCCAAUAGCAACAAGCUAGCGUCACAAAAACAUUCGAAAACAAAGAAAUCAAAAUAACAGAUUCAUACCUUUAAGAAUGUGUCUAAACAUAAUCAUUAGCGGUAAGAAAUCUAAAAUUGGUUUGCGCGUGUGGGUGAAUUCUGCGAUCGAACACCGAAGCAAACGAUACAGCCGAAUAAUUCACUGAACUAAGCAGAAAUAUGCAUACGAUUUCGAGGGGUGUAGCAGUGUACAGAGCCAGAGCGUUGAAUCAUGUAGAAUGACAAUUGUCAUUCUCACCUAAAGCACAUAAUUGUUAAAUAUUCAUUUAAUUAAAACUUAAACAAAUGCACAACAACUUUUGUUACUACGCCAAUAGCCGAUGGUGGAAAUGCUUGUUUCUAGUAUUUUUACUAUCUUCCUCAUUAGAAGAUGUUAGGCUUCCAUUGUCUUUAUCUGUUAGUGAGAUUAAUUUUUGAAUCUUAUAAUAAUAAUUUAGGUCGCACAAAACUUGUAACUCUAUUUCUUCCUAUUCAGUAACAAUUGCCAGUAAUAAUUCAUACAGAGUUGAUUGAAUUUCAAUGCUUAUUUCAGGUAUAAUUUAUAUAAAGAUAAUAAUUUUUUUUAUCGGUUUUAUAAUUUCUUACACAAUAUAGACGGAGCUUUUCAAUUGAUAAAACUAAUCUUGUGCAUUUCUUUGAUUAUUGUUAUUUUUACUAUCUACCAUACCAGUUACAAAAGAAGACAAACUACCGAACACACGAGUAUAAAACUGAUUGAGCAACCAAAAAUACCAAAGCAUACCUUAAUUAAAAGAAGGGACAACUAAGUAGCGAAAAACAAAACCACUAACCAAGCUCAUCUGGUAUGAGGGAUAAGGCUGGUCCUUUAAAACCAAACAAACAAAAAAUCGUUAGGCAAACAAUGAUCGUAGUGUUUAAUUAAUAAAAUCAUAGCAACAACUGAAAUGGUGAAGAGUUGGAAACACCCAAAAGCUACAAUCAAGCCGUUACGUAUAAGACUUAAUUCAGUGUAUUUUUCUCACUUUUCGAGGUUAAUCCAGCAGAAAGAAUGAAAGCAAUGACCAAUGCAUUUCACAGUAGAGUCCGAUCUUUGUUCCCCAGUCAUCCCUGUUGUUAUUGUACCAAAGUAAGAAACACACAAGAACAAAAAACAACACUCUACCAGAUCAGUCAUCUUUAAAUCCAUAGAUGUUGCAAAAAUCAGUUCAUGUAACAUUCUCAUGUCGCUAUACUUCAACCAGUCAUAGUGGAACGAUAAACCGAUUGAGGUUGGUUUGGAAAGAGUGGGAGAGAUCGCGGGGACGUAAGAAAUUUGACCAAUUAAAAACAGAAUGCGACACCUCUAGUUGCAAAUUAACAAACCAUAACAGAACAGCUGUGCUGAUGGAAAACGUUCAAAAUCUAAGCCAUUUUUGAUGUAAACUCUUUUAAGUCAUAUUUAUUAUAUUUGUUACUUUUAAUUUGUAUGUGUGUAUUAUUAUAUAACAAAAACAGAGAUUCUGGGAAAAUUAUAUAUACAACAACAAUGCUACCGAUGCUACUGAA